AUGAUGGCGUAUAUGAACCCGGGGCCCCACUAUUCCGUCAAUGCCUUGGCUCUGAGUGGCUCCAGUGUGGAUUUGAUGCACCAAGCUGUUUCCUACCCCAGCGCCCCGAGAAAGCAGCGGCGGGAGCGGACCACCUUCACCCGGAGCCAGCUAGAGGAACUGGAGGCUCUGUUUGCCAAGACCCAGUACCCGGAUGUGUAUGCCCGUGAGGAGGUGGCCCUGAAGAUUAACCUGCCUGAGUCCAGGGUUCAGGUUUGGUUCAAGAACCGCAGAGCUAAAUGUAGGCAGCAGCGGCAGCAGCAGAAACAGCAGCAGCAGCCUCCAGGGACACAGGCCAAGGCUCGUCCUGCCAAGAGGAAGGCAGGCACGUCCCCAAGAGCCCCCACGGAUGUCUGUCCAGACCCCCUGGGCAUCUCAGAUUCCUACAGCCCCCCUCUAGCUGGCCCCUCAGGCUCUCCCACCGCAGCAGUGGCCACUGUGUCCAUUUGGAGUCCGGCCUCAGAGUCCCCUUUGCCCGUGGCCUCAGGGCCUUCUCUCCCCUCAGCCCCCUACACCAUGACCUACGCCCCAGCCUCUGCUUUCUGCUCUUCCCCCUCAGCCUAUGGGUCUCCCAGCUCCUACUUCAGUGGCCUGGAUCCCUACCUUUCUCCCAUGGUGCCCCAGUUGGGGGGCCCGGCUCUCAGCCCCCUUUCGGGCCCCUCCGUGGGACCCUCCCUGGCCCAGUCCCCCACAUCUUUGUCAGGCCAGAGCUACAGCGCCUACAGCCCUGUGGACAGCUUGGAAUUCAAGGACCCCACAGGCACCUGGAAAUUCGCCUACAACCCCAUGGAUCCUCUGGACUACAAGGAUCACAGUGCCUGGAAGUUUCAGGUCUUGUAG